AUGCCAAAGGUAGCUGCCGACCAGUACGUGACCAAAGUUCGCAAACCGGACGACAUCGACCGGUUCUGGGACGAUGUGCUGGCCGAAACCGCCAAGAUUGACCUGGAACCGGAGGUGGUAUAUGACCCCCUCCGGUCGACGGCGCGCAUCGACGUUUACGAGGUCUUUUUCACCAGCCUGGAUCGUGUGCGUAUUGCCGGCUGGUACGCCGUCCCCCGCCAGCGCGAAGGCCGGCUGCCCGGGUUGAUCCAGGUCCCUGGGUACAACAUGGAGCCCCCGGUGCCCAAGAACUGGGCCGCCAGGGGGUAUGCCGCGUUCAGCGUCGCUCCCCGCGGAAAGCUGCGGAGCAACCGCCAGUUCAACCCCGGUUAUCCUGGCCUGUUGACCUACGGGAUGGUGGACCGGAACACCUACUCCUACCGGGGCUUUUACAUGGACGCCUGUCGGGCGGUGGAUUUCCUCCUGGGGCGGGAUGAAGUCAAUGGCGCCCGCAUCGGCAUCACCGGACACAGCCAGGGCGGCGGACUGACCGUGUCCACGGCGGCGCUGCGCCCCGAAAUCACGGCGGCGGCGGCGGGCGCGCCGUACCUCUGCGGCUACAUGGAUGCCAUCGAGUUGACCGACGCCUACCCGUACCAGGAGAUCGCAGACUAUCUGCGGCUCAACCCGGACAGCCGGCAACAGGUGGAGGACACCCUCGCCUACUUCGAUGGCAUCAACCUGGCCCACCGGAUCACCUGUCCGAUCAUCGUCAGCGUGGGCCUGCAGGACAGCACCUGCCCGCCGGAGACGGGCUACGCGAUGUUCAACGCCAUCGCCAGCUCCGACAAGCAGAUUUACGGCUACGACGGGCAUGGUCACGACGCCAACAACCACGAACACGCGGCCGUGGUGGACGCGUUUUUGGCGAAACACCUCCAACACUGA